UUGACAGCUUGAGCAAAAGCAGAUCGUGAGUGCUCUUGGCUGUGAGCUGCUGAGUUAUAUCAGUGCUACAAUUCAUUUUGCGCCCAACUACCUCCGUGGCUGCAGGAACGUUUAUCCUGAGGUUAUGGAUUUGCAAUGAUGGAACUUAACCAACCUGUAAACUCUAGAAAUGACAGGUACCAUAGCAGUGAACCAGAUAUUCAAUAUCGACAGCACAGUGGAAAACGCUACGCCAUCACCCCUUCCUCCCUCAAUGCCUCCUCCUAUGAAAGAGCUUGGACAUGGACCAGACCUACAUGCAACAGCCACCUACCUCCACGGCCUCAUCACGGCCUUCGAGAAAAGCGAGCCAGUGAUUCCCCAUUUCACGACAAAAGUUUCCAGGAACUACACUGAGGCGAAGGCCUCGUCCAACGACAUCCCCUUAAAGCUCACCACCCAACCCACCUGGAGUGGUCUGACUCUUUUACCGAGCCGCGCAAGCACUCUACCCAAACGGGGAGGAAAAGCACGAAAGCGGCUAGUGCGAGCAUGCCUGCUGCUCAAUCUGGCACUCUCCACCGCGCUCGGGCUCGCAGUCGGAGUUGCGAUGCGUAGAGCCGAGACAGGGCUUACAGUGGGGAAUACUUUUCUAGCCUUUUUCAUUGUGAUUUAGAAGGCUGUGUUGGUGGAUGAGAAAGCGGAGGGAAGGGAGCAUGUUGCAUAAAAUCUGCGUAAAGAGGAUUAGGAGAGUUAUGGUACGGAAGAUGGAUGGGGCUCAGGGGUUCGAUUUGUCAGCCAGAUUAGAGAUCAGGUGUUGACUAUAUCUGGAAUAGUUUUCUAUAUCUCAUGAUGUGAGUAUUCAGAGAGUGGAUAUGUCGGAGGAUCGGAGCAAAAAAGAAGAGAAAAGCCUAAAUGACAUACGUAAUAGCAGUA